UCGUCGGCCGCCUACGGCGCGCGCAGCCGCCCAGCUCCCGGAAAUGCGCCCGGAGCCGGCGCCGCGGGCUGAGUGUUCCCGAGAAGACCCAGUUCUCCCCAGAGACAGUUCUACUCCAGAAGCACUUCACCCAAAAGGACUUGCCCAGCCAGACGAUGCCCAUUGACCUGGGGCAGGCCCUAGGCCUGCUGCCAUCCCUGGCAAAGGCCGAGGACUCCCAGUUCUCUGGACCAGAUGCUGCCCUUCAAGAGGAACUCUCCAGCCCCGAGACUGCACGCCAGCUUUUCAGGCAGUUUCGUUACCAGGUGAUGUCCGGGCCCCAUGAGACCCUGAGACAACUUCGGAAGCUAUGUUUCCAGUGGCUGCGGCCAGAGGUCCACACCAAGGAGCAGAUCCUAGAGAUCCUCAUGUUGGAGCAGUUUCUGACCAUCCUGCCUGGGGAGAUCCAGAUGUGGGUUCGGAAACAGUGUCCAGGCAGUGGAGAAGAGGCAGUGACCCUUGUGGAGAGCUUGAAGGGGGACCCCCGGAGACUGUGGCAGUGGAUCAGCAUCCAAGUUCUAGGGCAGGAAAUCUUAUCAGAGAAGAUGGAAUCUCCAAGCUGCCAAGUAGGGGAAGUGGAGCCCCAUCUCGUGAUGCCUCAGGAGUUGGGACUUCAGAAUUCACCCUUAGGGCCUGGGGAGCUUCUGAGCCACAUCGUGAAAGAGGAGUCUGAUACGGAACCAGAAUUAGCUCUGGCUACUUCCCAGCUUCCUGCCCAGCCUGAGGACAGGCUCAUCAGAGACCAGGACUUUGGGGCCUCACUUCUCCCAGCAGCACCCCAGGAGCAGUGGAGACACCUGGAUUCCACUCAAAAGGAGCAAUACUGGGAUCUCAUGCUGGAGACCUAUGGGAAAAUGGUCUCAGGAGCAGGCAUUUCCACUUCCAGACCUGACCUGACUAAUUCUGCAGAAUACGGGGAAGAGCUGGCAGGACUGCACCUUCAUGUCAACGAGAAGCUCCCAAGACCCACCUGCAUAGGAGAUAGACAAGAGAAUGACAAAGAGAACCUAAACUUGGAAAAUCACAGGGACCAGGAACCUCUGGAUGCCUCCUGUCAGGCCUCAGGAGGGGCAUCUUCCCAGGCUUCCCUGAGGGGCUUCUUCAGCGAGGAUGAGCCAGGGUGCUUUGGAGAAGGAGAGACUCUCCCUGAGGCCCCAGAAAACCUUCAGGAUGAGGGGCCAGGGGGACAACUAUCUUCUCAAGAAAGGAAUUCUGGGAAACAACUAGGUCAGCAUUUGCCUAAUCCUCACCCAGAACUGCCCGCCAUGUGGCUUGAGGAGAAGAGAGACGCCCCCCAGAAAGGGCAGCUGAGAGCCCCCAUGGCCCAGAAGCUCCCCACCUGCAGGGAGUGCGGGAAAACCUUUUACAGGAAUUCUCAGCUUGUUUUUCAUCAAAGAACUCACACCGGAGAGACGUACUUUCAGUGUCCCAUUUGCAAAAAAGCCUUUCUGCGGAGUUCAGACUUUGUGAAGCAUCAGAGAACUCACACAGGAGAGAAGCCCUGUAAAUGCGAUUACUGUGGGAAAGGCUUUAGUGACUUCUCAGGAUUGCGCCACCAUGAGAAAAUCCACACGGGAGAGAAACCCUAUAAAUGCCCCAUCUGUGAGAAAAGUUUUAUUCAAAGAUCAAACUUUAAUAGACAUCAGAGGGUUCACACAGGAGAGAAACCUUAUAAAUGUUCCCACUGUGGGAAAAGUUUUAGCUGGAGCUCAAGCCUUGACAAACAUCAGAAAUCCCACUUAGGAAAGAAGCCCUUUCAAUAAUCAGUAGACAAACUCUGUUAUCCUGUUUCUAUUUCACAAUCCCUUUAAAAAAUACUCAGCUCUGUCUGGAGGAAUUACGUUUCUAUCCCUGCUCUCUUUUUUUCAUGGAUUGGAGAGGAGAGAACCUGGUCUUGAACUUGAAGGAUAUACUGGAUUUCACAAUGGCUUAAUUUCUUGCUUCUGCAUCAGGAGAAAGAGUACUCUUCAUGUCCCAGCCCAUCUUUCCUUUUGGACCCAUUGGAAAAACGUCUUCAAUUGGAGAUCCAGUUUUAGAAGUGCUAUCUGGGAAGCAUUUAACUGGAUUAGCUGCAGUCAUUGCUCAUGGAAAAAGCUUGGAUCAGCCUUUUAGAGCCGGGCUCUAGAGCAGGUCUUCUGUUAGAGCAGGGGAGAAGCAUAGGGGGCCAGUGAGCUUACAUGGGUUGUUUGUCAUAUGGGUGAAAAAUUAACUUCAGGUGCCUCUUGUUUGAAAUAAACUUAGCAGAGUCACUUCUUAUCUUA